AUGUGCUCCGUGCAGAAGUCCUACUCAGACCAUUUCGGCGCGCCGAUUCGCAACAGCAACUUCCGAGCAAAGCUUGAAGAAGCCGUACUAUGUGACGACUCCAAUAUUCUAUGUGAAUGCCGGUACGAGUCUCUAUCAACCCUAUGCGGACCUCACCGUCCAAUCCGUACUGAUGGAAUCGAUUUUCGCAAAGCCCCCCAUGUUGGUCAUUUCUAUACUAUGGUGAUCACCGAUAUUCUGAAGAGAUGGCGGGUACUUUUUGGAGACAAAGACGCUCAACUGUUGACGGGGACCGAUGAACAUGGAAUGAAGAUUCAGCAGGCCGCGAGCGCGGCAGGCAUGGACCCUCAAGCCUUUUGUGAUAUGAACUGCAAAACCUUUCAGGCGCUAGCAAAAGCCGCAAAUCUUGACUACGAUCAUUUCAUACGAACGACCGACCCGGCGCAUAAGGAGGCUGUUCAAUACUUCUGGGAAAUGUUGAACCACCGGGGCUAUAUUUACACUGCAAAGCACGAGGGAUGGUAUUCCGUCAGCGACGAAACGUUCUAUCCCCCAACACAAGUGCAGAACUCCUUGGAUCCCUCUACGGGAAGGAAAAGAAUGGUUUCAGUUGAGACGGGAAAAGAGGUAGAAUGGUCGUCGGAAACCAACUAUCACUUCAGACUGUCUGCCUUUCAGGAGCGCCUUCUGGACUUGUACAAAAGUACAGAGUUCGUCACACCUGGUAACUAUAUGGCAGACCUCGUCAAGUCAGUCUCCUCGGGGUUAUCAGACUUGUCCAUCUCUAGGCCUGUAGAGCGAUUGACCUGGGGCAUUCCUGUACCGGGCGAUGAGACACAAACGAUCUAUGUCUGGCUGGACGCCCUUAUCAACUAUUUGACUAAGGCCGGAUACCCGUUUCCUCCUGGUCAGGAGGGCCGACUAGGUUGGCCAGCCGAUGUGCACGUCAUCGGCAAGGAUAUUGUUCGUUUCCAUUGCGUCUACUGGCCUGCCUUCCUCAUGGCACUGGAUUUGCCUCUACCUCGUAGGGUCCUCGUUCAUGGUCAUUGGACCAUGAACCGGGAAAAGAUGUCGAAGUCCACCGGAAAUGUAGUGAAUCCUUUCUUCGCGAUCGAUCGGUUUGGUGUCGACACCAUGCGUUUCUUCCUUGCUUUCCAAGGUGGACUAGCGGGGGAUGCCGACUAUGACAACUCCUACAUUAUCCGUGACUACAAGAAGAUGCUCCAAUGGGGCAUUGGAAACCUAACACACCGUACAAUUGGUUGUGCAAAGGGUAACCUGCGGUCGUACAUUGCGGACGCAGCCGCCGACAAGCUGCCCGCGCCGACGCCCGAGGAUCUGGAGCAUCAAUCGCUUCUGGAGCAGACACCUGAUAGAGUGGCGGAACAAAUGGAAAAGUUAAACCCCCGUGCCGCUUUGCAGGGCAUCAUGGUGAUUAUCGAGAAGACCAACAAGUAUUUCCAUGCAGCAGAGCCAUGGAAAACUCCAGCCGACUCGCAGCGAGUGCUAUACAAUGUCGCCGAGUCCCUGCGAAUCUCCGGUAUCCUAUUGCAACCUUUUAUGCCCAGUAAGUCUAAUGAACUUCUCGAUAUUCUCCGUGUAGACAAGACAGAGCCAUCGAAACGGAGCUUUUCGGCUGCACGCUACGGUUGUGAUCCGGAUUACGGUGAGGGUGUCGAAAAGAGUAUUCUUUUCCCCCCUCUCAUUAUCGAAGAAUGA